AUGCAUUCAGAUCCGAUCACCUCCGCCCAACUACGCGUUUUCUUGGUGCCGCAUGGUAUUUCUGCGGAUUCAUUUUGCGGCUUGGCUCAAGACUGUGUGGCCAUGUGUGUCCAGUCGUUGGUGAGCGCGAGCACAGCCAUCAGUGCGCGUCGAACCACAGUGGACGGCCAAUUGUUCCUCAUCAAACAUUUGCUCAUCCUACGCGAACAGACUGCCCCAUUCAAUGUGGAAUUUGCCGUGAAAGAGACUAGUUUGGAUUUCUCAAACUAUAAAGAUGCGGCUAUCGGGCUGUGGAUACAACGUGGCACCGGUUUGUUCAGUUUGAAUCGAGGCAACACAUUACUCCGACUGCUUUUGGAAACGCCCCACGUGAUCGAGACUGAGGUCGAUUCACGACGCCAGUUAGACGUCCAAUUGAAAGUUACCUGUGAGGCGUUUAUCGAGGACACGGUCAAACGACUGAGCGGUGAAUUGCCGGAAUUUCUGGUCAAGACGGAUCUAGUCUUGUCUGCUCCUGGUGCACGUCUCGAGGAUCAAGCGUUCGCGCAUCCGGGUGCUGUGCGCGAUCUGGUCUCUAACGCUCAUCGGAUCUUGUGCACCGCACUGGGACGGGUUACUAAAUCACACACGGCCUCCGAUCCUCCAGAGACCGGGUCUGAUACCGCUCGACCGGUAUCGUUGUGGCAUGCGUUGCACACGUAUUUGGCCAAUCCGGACACGGAGGCAAUUCUGCUACGCCGGAUUCGAAACGGGGUGCUUGCUUAUUGGCGCACAUUGUAUCAGCUCGUUCUGUCCCAGUACAAUGAGGAAGACCGGAUGAUUAUUGCUUGUCCAACCGAAAGUCAAGUACGUUACGACCUGAACGGUUUGAAAAUGAAUACACAUUAA